ACACCUUCUUAUUAGAGAUCAUGGACGGGGACUUGGAAGGGUCCUUCUUUUCCACACUGUAUCGAUGGUUGGACUCCGAGGUUCCCGCUCGCCUGGGGAUUUCCAUAUUCAGCUUCAUCGAUGGUUGGACUCCGAGGUUCCCGCUCGCCUGGGGAUUUCGAUAUUCUGCUUUAUGGAUGGUUGGACUCCGAGGUUCCCGCUCGCCUGGGGAUUUCCAUAUUCAGCUGUAUCGAUGGUUGGACUCCGAGGUUCCUGCUCGCCUGGGGAUUUCCAUAUUCAGCUGUAUCGAUGGUUGGACUCCGAGGUUCCCGCUCGCCUGGGGAUUUCCAUAUUCAGCUGUAUCGAUGGUUGGACUCCGAGGUUCCCGCUCGCCUGGUGAUUUCCAUAUUCAGCUGUAUCGAUGGUUGGACUCCGAGGUUCCCGCUCGCCUGGUGAUUUCCAUAUUCAGCUGUAUCGAUGGUUGGACUCCGAGGUUCCCGCUCGCCUGGUGAUUUCGGGUCCGUAGGAACGUUGUAUGCUAUAUUAUGUACCUGUCUAUAUUCUGAAGUGCAAACAAACCUCUGAAACCAC